AUGACAUCUUUAACUUUACCUUUUCUUGUCUUGUUUUACAUUGUCGUGGUUUCAGAAGGAAGGGACUUAUAUAGUGGACUUGAUGUCUAUUUUGAUGAAUCACAGGUGGACUUUAACGGAACACGAGCUGAACGCGAAGUUACAGUUAUCGAGUUACCUCCGAUCCUACAGAUUCAAGUACAGCGAGUACAAUUUGAUCGAGUUACUUCAAAUGUAUAUAAAUCAAAUGCUUACAUCAAAUUCGACAAAGUGAUUCAUCUCGAUCGGUAUAUGGAGCAGUACCGUGAGACGUUGCGCGAAAGACGUAAAAACGCACGUGAAUGGAGUCAACUUAUCGAUCAGUAUACUCAAGUGCUUGAUGAAUUUGGUAUUGAUAAGACGAUCGGUUUAUCACCCGAUGAAAUACUAAAAAGAGCCACCCGAUUCAUCCUCGCACAGUGUGAAAACGAUGCUACGGAUGAUUUGGAGUAUCAAAAAGAUUUUGCUGAAAUUAAAAAAGAUAGCGAGCGUCUAAAAAGUCAGAAAGAAGAAACGAAAGAAAAAAUUGCUGAACUGCAAGAUCGGCUAAAACAUCAAUACGACGAUUUAAGAGAAUGCGAAUAUCGGAUACAUGCAGUAUUCAUACAUAGUGGUCAAGCAUCAUUUGGUCACUACUGGAUAUACAUAUACGAUUUUGAGCUGGAUCGGUGGCUCAAAUAUAAUGAUACUGAAGUAUCAGAGGUUGAAGAAGCGGAAGUCUUUGCUGAUACCUCGGGAUCAUCAACGAAUCCUUAUUGUAUGGUGUAUGUACGAGCACAAGACUGUAAGCGACUGGUCAAUACCGUGUGUCGCAGGCCAAACUAA